AUGGCAGAUGAAUUCAUUCGACAAUUGACACAUGAUAGUGAACAAUUUGAGACAGAAUGGGCCAAUAUAUUCAGUCGAUUGGGUCAAUUGUUUAUACAAUGUGAGACGGAAAAUGUCGACAUAGAAAUUUUCAAGAUCAAAGCAUUAGAUGCUGUAGUUGAUUAUAUUCUAGCUGAACCGAAUCCUACGAUCAAGCCAGUCUUUACUAAAUUUGCAUUUGUUGAAGCUGUAAUUAAACAUUGUGCUAGCGACCCAUUACCAUCAUUGUCGGAAAUCAUUCGUAUCGUUCGACGUAUUUUGGAUUGUGAAAUAAUUUUUAAUCAAUGGUAUCUUAGUUCAAUCGAAGCAUUUCAUUUUAAAUUUCAACUUUGUCUACGUUUAACAUCGACUCAAUCAUAUAAUUUAAUUGAAUCUUUAUUACAAAGUUUAAAAAAACAUACAUUUUUAAAUGAUCAAUCCGAUAAAACUACAGAAGAAAAUUGGAAACAAUAUAUUUCACGACGAAUAUUUUCCCCAUUGUCAUGUGAUUCGAAUAAAUUAAAUGAUGAAACGACGAUGCUUGCAAUGCGACCGAUUUUUCAACAAAUUUUUCGACAUGCAGCUCGUUUAUCCCAUCAAUCACGUGUCUGGGCAUCGAUAUUAGAUGUUUUUACACGAACAUUACCAACUUUAUUCGAUAGUUAUGUUAAUAUAGACGAUGCUCAAAUUGAUUUUUUGCUAUGUAUCGAAGAACCAAUUUCGAAUGAUUAUAUUCUAUUUAUUUCAAAAUCAUACAAUCGAAAUCCAGAUUUGAUUAAAAACAAUUUUUCUCAAGCAUUAUUAGUUAUCGAACGUCUUCUCUUGGGACAUCAUAUUCGAGAAGUACGCUAUUUUAUUGAUCAAGCAAUAUUGGCUCAUAUUGAAACAAUCAUCGAUAUAGAAGCAUUAGUUCAAAUGUUUAUUCGUGUGUGUCCAUUGAUUCCAAUCGAUUAUCGAAAAGAAUCAUGUAAGAACGUUAUUUCGAAUGUUGUCUACAAGUUAGGUCGAAUGAAAUGUUCGAAAAAAUUAGCUCCACUUUUCUUUGAUUUUGCUCUCAUUCUUCUUGAUUUAUGUGUUCUUGAAGCACCACCAUGUGCCGUAUAUUUACUUGAAAAGAAUGAGUUCUAUCCGUGGAAAGAUUUAGCACCACGUUUUACCGAUAUACUUCGUUUGUGUUCGGCUUAUGAAACGAUCGAGGUGGAAAAAACUUCUAGUGAACUUAACUCUCUCACCACUAUCCUUCAAUUGGCAGUAGAUCGAGCUAAAGCACAUGCAAUUAUCUAUCGAUCAACACAUAAAGAAGCUUUACGAGCCAUUUCUCGAUGGACAUAUACGAAUGACGAUAAUAAUAAUCGUAAAAUAUGGUCUAAUCAUGUUUAUGAUAUGGGACAAACAAUGCUUGAUUUGAUUGAUCAACGACAAGUGACGAUCGAUAUUUGUAUACAAUUCAUCGAAGCACUUCGAUUAAGAAUUGUCGACAAUGAAUCAACAGAAGAUGACAUAUCCAUCAAUCAUACGAUGAAUUCAUUCUUCCUCAAUAUUGCUGCUCAUUUAGCUAAUUACAUAGAUCUACUCAAAGUCUUGUCACAUGAUAUUCACAGUCGACUGGCAGUACUCAUUCUCAAAGCAUUAUCUCGUCCAUUUCGGUAUGAAAGUGGUCAAAUGUCAAUGGAAUAUAAUAUCGCAGAGAGACUCUGGCAUCGUCUUUGUCCCUAUCUCACCAAUGAAGCUGAUGUUCGUCUCUAUGAACCAUGCAUUCAACGAAUACAUUCACUUGCUUGUGAUGAAGAUGAAACAAAAUUCUUUCAAUGGUGGUCAAUAUUCUGGUGUUAUGUCACAAUGAAAGUACCAGAUGUUGCUGCCAAUUAUGUAGAAGAUUUCUUUCAAGAUAUCUUUGAACGCAAACAAACUGUCAUAACAUCAUUGUUGCCUAUGCUCUAUUCCAAACGACCCGAAACGUAUCAUGCACGAUUGGAUAAUAUCAUUGAUGCACUUCAUAGCAGCGAUGCUAACUCUAGCUGUUGGUUAGCUCAAAUUUUUUCUACUAUUGCACAAGAACGUGCACAAUUGAUUACAUCAACACAACUCGAUCGUGUAUUUGCCAUUAUUCAAAGUCGAACAAAUUCUUCGCAUGAUCUUCAUUAUCUCUUUCAAGGACUUGGUUCUGUAGCCAAUGUUGAACCACUUUUAUUCGAUUCUUAUCGUCCUAUAAUCUUACGCUUUGUUGUAGAAUUUCAGAGCGUGCCAGCUAUGAAAUGUCUUCAACAAUAUUUUGUUGCUGCGACUCUCAUACGUGGCCAGCAAUCAGCCACUGAGUAUCUUUCAAUUCUCAUCGAUCUACUUAAAAAGAAUACGAACAUCACAAAUGAUAUUCGUUCACAAAUUUUUCAUACCUGUCAACUAAUCGGAGUUAUUAACAAACAAGCAUUGGCAGCAAAGCGAACCGAUCUAACGGCUUUUGAUACUUAUUCAGGUUGUCGAAUUUUGAUCGAUUUUAUUGACGACAAAAGAUUGACCGAGGAAUAUCAAGCAUCCAUCAAUAAAACGCGAGAUGAAGUCGCACAAAUGGAAAAACGAGUGACGAAAACGGAAUGCAAUGUAGAGAAUGUUACGAAGAUUGUCAAAGGACAAGAACUUAAAGUGACGAAUCUUGCUGUACAAGUUGAUACUGUUGACAAUCGCUUGAGUGAUGUUAGCGAACAGGUAGCCGCACAAGCACGCGAGAUCGAACGUAUCGAUGCAAAAACUCUUAGUCAUGUUCCAGCCCACUGGGGUCGUGAAGUGAACAAACUUUUGAACCGACGUGCCAACAACGAUUGGCGUCUGCUCGGUAAACGUUUCGGCUAUUCGACCAGUGAAUUGCGUCAUUGGGCAUUGCAAGUCGAUCCAACCAUGGCUCUGCUGAACGAAUGGUUCAUGACACAUAAAACUGAUGAAGCAACCUAUGGUCUAGUGAAAAUACUUGACGAGAUUGGUCGACAAGAUGUCGCCAAGAUCAUUCGAGACGCAGUGGCUGCUGCAGGUGAUCUCAUUCCUGACGAUAUGCCCUUCGAUAUCAAACGGUUGCCUCCAGUGUUUCUGUCUUAUCAAUGGGACUUGCAACAGGCCGUGUUGAACUUGAAAAGUCAUUUGGAAGAAGCGGGCUAUGCCUGUUGGAUGGACACCGGUCAGAUGGGUGGCGGUGAUAAACUGUUCGCCAAGAUCGAUGGAGGAAUUCGUGGUGCCAAAGUCGUGAUUUGUUGCAUGAACACAGCUUACGCUCAAUCAGAAAACUGUUCACGUGAAGUACAUUUGGCCGUGACUACUGGCAAACCCUUGAUUCCUUUACAAAUGGAGAAACAAAAGUGGCCACCCGAAGGAGCAUUGGGUCCUAUCAUGAAUUUAUUAGAAACAUAA